AUGUUUGGGUCGGCACUCUCUGAAAAUAGCCCUGCAAGGUUCAUGCAGACCCUCUGGUCAAUCCCAUUUGCUUGGAAACUGACGUUGCCGAUAUUGUCGGUUGCCUGCUAUACUUUGGCACUGAUUGUGUACCGACUUUAUUUCCACCCGCUGGCCAAAUACCCGGGACCCUUGCUGGCCAGAAUCAGCAACUGGUAUGCCGUGUACCAUGCAUACAAAGGAGACAGACAUUUGGACAUGUACUAUUCACAUCAGAAAUAUGGCAAAUUUGUACGGCUCGCUCCGAACUUAGUCACCGUCAAUGAUGCAGCCGCCAUCAAGGAAAUCUACGGGGUCAAUCAGAACGUCAAAAAGUCCGUCUUCUACCAACCGGCCAUUGAGCAUUCGGGGAUAGAAAGCACAUUCAAUGCUCGUGAUCGACAGCUCCAUGCCAGAAAAAGACGUGUUUUGGCCCCGGCUUUCACUGAACCCGCUCUGGCAGCCAUGGAGGACUACAUGCAAUUCCACAUUGGCCGGAUGUUCCACGCAGCUUCGGGAGAAGAAACGUUCCAGAGCGAGGCGCAAUGUUGGACGGCCGACAUGGGUAAAUGGGGCAACUAUUUGACCUUCGACGUCAUGGCAGAUCUCGUAUUUGGUAAAGAUUUUGGUAUGCUUGCUGGCGAUGAAAGUAGGGAGCUCCCGGAGAUCAUCGACGGGGCCGUGCACCGUGAACUGAUUGCCGGCUCAAGCCCCUUCGUCAAUAGAUGGGGGCUGGACAAGAUCCUCUUUCCCGACAUCGUCAAACGAGGUUCCCAACUGAUCAAGUACGCCAAGCAACAGGCCGAAAUCCGGCUCAAGGCCGAUCAAAGCAGAAAAGACUUCUUUUGGUAUCUGAGCACGGCCAAAGAGAAGGAUGGCCGUCCAACUUAUUCCGAUCCGCGAGAGAUCUUCUCCGAGGCUAGGACAUUGAUCAUUGGAGGUUCGGAUACCACGGCCACCCAGCUUGCGGCGAAUUUUUUCUACAUCACCCAAAAUCCCAAGACGCUGGCGAAGCUGACCGCCGAGGUGCGAUCCACCUUCCCCAAUGUCGACGCCAUCCGACUCGGACCGCUACUGGACUCGUGUCGAUACCUACACGCCGUGGUCAACGAGACUCUUCGCAUCAGCCCCAGCCUUCCUGGAGUCCUGCCGCGCGAAGUCCUCCCGGGCGGCCUCCGCGUCUGCGGCGAACAUUUUCCUCCAGGUAUUGACUUAGCCGUCCCCAUCUACACUCUCCAUCACAACGCCACGAUCUAUCCUUGCCCUCACAAACAUAUCCCCGAGCGCUGGUUGCCCGAUCAGACGAGCGAGGACGCCGUCAGGCGAUGCCAUGACGCUCUGACACCAUUCUCCUACGGAAGCAGAAUGUGCAUUGGAUGGCGGCUGGCGCUGAUGGAGCUGCGACUCACCAUUGCCCGUGCCGUGUGGAUGUUCGAGCUGAAGUACCUGGGAGGCGGAAGGGAAACCCGUUUGCGCAGCCCGGAUUCGGACGCACUCGAAUACCAGCUCUUGGAUCACAUGGCAGCAGCACGAAAUGGACCCAUCAUCCGCUUCAGGAAGAGAGAGGCGUCGUAG